AUGUCUGAAGAAGGCGAUAUAGGAGAACCAGCCCUCGGGGUAUGCUGUGGACUCUCCACAAUUGCCUUGGUCGUGACGAUCGCCAGACUUUAUACCCAGGCGCGGAUCACCCGUCAACUCGGACUAAGUGACGCGAUGCUGGCCUUAUCCACUCGCAUCGAAGCCUUGAAAUAUGAUGCGAUAGGCGGCUCCACUUUUGGGCGCCUCCCAACAAUUGCGACCAUGUUCACUCUGUUUGGGAUAAAUCAAAAGCUACGGCGUGGACUCUGGACGCUCUUUGCAGCCCAGAUUGUCACGAACGGUAUUACUGUGGUGUGUUUGUACGCGCAGUGUACUAAUAUCGUUCUGCUUUGGGAUUCGAAUGAAGGUUCCGGUACAUGCUGGAAUGCGGAUGUGCAGACUUACCUGGGAUACGCACACUCAGCUUUCAAUGGCGUCACUGAUAUUUCCUUGACAUUUUUUCCCGCAUACAUGAUUCGGAAUUUGCAGAUGAACCGAUGGACGAAGCUUGGGGUGGGGGUUCUUUUAGGCUUAAGUAUUCUUGCUGUCAUUGCCGUUGUCAUGAAGAUUAUUAAUCUCGAAGCCCUUGCGAAUCGGGGCGAUUAUACCUAUAAUACAGUUGCUCUGUUCACUUGGAUAUUGUAA